GUAGCUUGUUAGGCUCUCCUCCCUCACUCCCAUCCAAGAUUGUUAGCUUCAUUUCUCUCCUCCUGCGCUUUUGACAGUGAGCGCUCCUCCACGCCAAGCAGCACCGAUCCAGAGAAAGAUCGGGGGAAAUUCAGCUAAGUUGAGGAAGAGAGAACUAGAGCAGAGAGGAAGCGGAACAGAACACUCUGUUAUGACGAUGUGAAGACGAUGUCUAAACUCUAACCACCAUGAAUCUACCGUUGGGAUCAUUGGUACCAUCAGUGAAUGUGUCAGCUUGUUUCAGUCGGCCAAAUCUGCCAUUUCAUCUAUGCGGCAAAACUGUGAGCUCACCUGGGACCAUGGUUGGUUCUUCCUGGAAGUUCCCCAGAAGGUGUGAGAGUUUACUCCUGUAGAUUGGUAGGCUACCCUUCAUCAAUCCAUCCAACAUUGUUAGGUUCAAUUCUCUCCUGCUCCUCCUGCGCGUUUGAAAGCCAGCGCUCGUCCAUGACAAGCAGCAUCAUUCCAGGACAAAAAUAGAUGUCCAGACUGCAGCCACCAUGAGCUUGUUGGCCAUUGGGAUUGUUAGUGCCAUUAAUGACUGCGUCACUUUGUUUCAGUGGGCCAAAUCUGCCAUUUCAUCUAUAAACUCUAAGUGGAGUGGCUCACAGGAGCAAAGUCUCCAGGACCGUGUAUUAAAGUUGGAGAGUGGCCUACAACUUCUCAAGGAUACUCUGCCUGCAAUGUAUGACCUCAUUAAUAAAGCGGAGUGGAGAAGCCAUGAACACUAUGUGGCCAAGCUCCUUCCGAGUCUCAAGGAUGCAGUGUCUGAGGCCGAGGACCUUAUUGAUGAGUUCAGAUGGUAUGAGAUGAAGUUGCAAGUGGAGGGCAAUGCAAGCCAAUCUCCUUUCAUUGACUUCUUGGAUACCAUCAUCCAAGGCAGCUUCAACAAACUGAAUGAUGUCCAAUUGAGGUUGAAUCAUCUUUCAAGUCAACUGGACAAUAUGGGGCUUCGUGGAGUUACACCACACUUUGACAAAUUAGUCAGGCCAGAGACCACUUCUAUGCCAAAUGAAGCAAAACUGUUUGGUCGUAACAAUGAGAUGAAGCAGGUAUUGGGACUUCUCAAGGUACCUACAAAUUUAAGACGCAGGCUCAUGGCUAUUUCAGAAAAUCCAUCAACAAGCGCAUCAGCAAGGAACCAAGUUAGUAAGUCAAGAAUAUUGAGUCUUCCUGUUUUGCCUAUAGUUGGAAUUGGUGGUGUUGGAAAGACUACUUUGGCCCAAUAUAUCUGCAGUAACAAGCGAGUGGAGUCAUACUUUGAGCCGAUAAUCUGGAUUUGUGUGUCAGAUGACUUCGAUGUGAAGAGGUUAACUAAAGAGGCCAUACAAUCUUGUACUGAAAAGGAGGUAACAAGUGAUAACUUGGAUUGUCUUCAGCUUGCUCUUUUUAAUCAUGUGAAAGAUAAAAGGUUAUUGGUAGUCCUUGAUGACAUCUGGGAUGAUGCCUCGAAGGAAAAUGGGCAAUGUUGGAAGAGGUUUUGUGCACCUUUUAGAAGUGUCCAAGAGGGAAGUGCGAUGUUGGUCACCACUAGAUGUUCAAAGGUUACUGAGGUAGUGCGCACACUGGAGCCCUUCAUAUUAGAAGGUCUAAAGGAUGACAUAUUCUGGAAUUUCUUUAAGACCUGUGUGUUUGGAUCUGAGAGUUCUGAGAAUUAUCCUGAGUUAGAAUGCAUUGGUAGAAGAAUACUUCCUAAACUGAAGGGCUCUCCUUUGGCCGCCAAAACUCUGGGACGCAUGUUAAGCAUGGACCUUCAAGAAUCACAUUGGAAAUUUAUACUUGAGAGUGAAUUGUGGCAGUUAAAAGAAAAGGAGACUGAGAUUUUGCCCGCCCUUCGGUUGAGCUAUAUGUACUUACCAUUUUAUUUGAAGCAAUGCUUCGCAUUCUGUGCUGUGUACCCUAAAGAUUACAUAUUCCAGAAGCAACACUUAGCUGAAAUUUGGGUAGCAGAAGGCUUUGUAGAGCCUCAAGGUGGUGUUCCAAUUCAAGAUAUUGGUUGUCAGUAUUUUGAAGACCUUGUAGCACGGUCCUUCUUUCGAAAAGUUAGUGGUGGAUACGUAAUCCAUGACUUGCUGCAUGACAUGGCACAACAAGUUUCAGAGCACGACUGCUUCAUCUUAAGAAACGAGAGUGACUUUGAUAAAGUUCCCCAGAAUGUCCGUCAUCUAUACGUACUCCCUAGCAGUGACUUUGACGAUUCCAGCUUGUUGAGACUAUGCAAGUACACAAAGCUGCGUACACUAAUUUGCAAGAAGGAUUUAGAGGAAAAAACAAGAUUUAUAAUGGACCAAUGGUGUACUAAACUUUUGUGCAUGCGUGUGAUUUCUUGUCCCUUCACAAAUGAGUUUCCGGAUAGUAUCGGCAAUUGGAAGCAUCUUCGGUACCUUAAAAUCUCCAGAUCUUGUCCUUUGAAGAGGAUUCCUUUAACUUUCUGUUGGCUAUAUUAUCUGACUUUUUUUAUGUUGGGGAAUGCAUUCUAGAAAGCUUGCCCAAUGACUUCGGUAAGUUGGUCAAUUUACAGAGCUUCAGUUCACAUGGAUUUUCAUAUUAUGCUGUGUUGUGCAUGAGACUUGAUGCUGAGGCAGAGGGACGAGAAAUUAGGUUAAUGAAGAAUCUGAACCAAUUUCGUGGACACUUGGAGAUAUAUAAUGUUGGCAGCCUAAGUAAUGAUCAUACAGUAGAAGUUGAAUUGAAGAAUAAGAUGUAUCUUGACGAGUU